CGUUAAAAAAGUUUUGAGGAAGUUUUUUUGACAAAUCGAAACUGCCGCAGUUGUGACAGGAAGACUUGUCAGUUUGUCCUUAUACUGUCUGACUGUCGGGGUUUUCUUCACGGGGAAAAUGCAGAACAGUGCUUACGGGGCCUCUUUGGCCGGUGGCGCCUUUGAUUUAGCGAACUUUCUAAAACAGCCUCAAACUAUUUUGCGCUUCCUGAGCUGGAUAUUCUCUAUCGUGGUUUUUGCAACCAUCACAGCCGAAGGCUACCCCAACACGAAGGAAAAAGCUGAAAACGAGUGCAUGUUCCACAGCACUGACAGUGCUUGCAGUUACGGGGUGGGAGUCGGAGUCUUGGCCUUCUUGGCUUGUGUUUUGUUCCUCGUGUUAGAUGCCUACUUCCCGAACAUCAGCAAUGCCAAAGACCGAAAAUACAUUGUAAUAAGUGAUCUUGCUUUCUCUGGUAAGAGUUGGUUUUCAUUUUUUCACCAUAUAGUUUAA